AUGUUGAAGCCACACACCAAAUCUACUCUUAAGUUUGUGAAGACUGCUUCUCAGUCUCCAACGAGUUCAUGGAGCUCAAAUUCUGGAGGAAUGCCAAAAUACGAAGGCAAAGAGCGGCUCCAUGACAAAUCUAAGUCUUCUCAGAAGUCUCCUACAAAAGAAAAUACCAAACCUCAAGAAAUUAGACUCCACACUCAACAAAGAGCAACCAGACGAGCAACGUUCAACUACAUGGUUGCAGCCAAGCUGAGCAUCAUGGAACAGCAGAGAAAACAAGAAGAAAUGUUGCAGAAGAUGAUAGAAGAGGAAGAGAUUCGCUUACUGAGAAAGGAGAUGGUUCCAAGGGCUCAAUUGAUGCCCCUUUUUGACAAGCCUUUCGUUCCCCAAAGAUCAAGAAGGCCCUUGACAGUUCCUAGGGAACCAAGUUUCAUGAGCAGCAAGUGCUUCGGCUGCAACUCUAGCAGUGGCUUCUACAAUUUCCAGCACACAACUCAAGCUAUGAACCCCAUCAAGUAG